ACCAGAUUCAUAGCCUGCAUUCAACAAUCUCUAGAUCUUUCUAAAAAUCAUUACUUUCUGCUUCUUUGAUCCAAAAAAAUGAAAAUUACAAUUCAAGAACAUGUUCUUGGAGCUCAGAUGAAGUCUUUGGGUCUUGCUCGAGCCAGAUUUUUGGCUGAUCCCUCCAAGCAUCUCCAUAUGUCUUCUUCAGAUGAUGGGUAUCAAUCAAUUAAGAAAUAUAAUGGGAAAGAUUGGAUCUUGAAUCGAGUCCACAAAAAUGGGAGAAAACCCGACAAUAUCAUCCGUGCACUCCGAGAACAUGUGAAAUUAGGGGCGAAGAUCACAGAAACAGUAAAGGGAAAGUUGAGCUUAGGAGCAAGAAUUGUAAGAGUUGGAGGAGUGAGGAAGAUCUACAAGAAGCUAUUCACAGUGAGUGAAGGAGAGAAGCUUUUGAAGGCAUCACAAUGCUAUUUGUCAACAACAGCUGGGCCUAUGGCUGGCCUUCUCUUCAUUUCCACUCAUAACAUUGCCUUUUGCAGUGACAAACCCAUCAAAUUCUCUUCCCCAAAUGGCGAAGAACAUGUUAGAAUUCACUAUAAGUGGUCACAAACAGUUGAUGAUUAG